AUGCAGCGAAGAGCUUUGAUGUGCACCACCAUCGGUAUAGUAUCGAAACAUUUCGGCUCAUCGAUUCGAUAUUUGACGCCAUCCCAUCGUCAACAAUGUUCUGCUAGGAGUCAUAAUUUUGCCACAAACACCAAAUACUUUGUUCCCGGACCUGUCAGGACAGGUCUUCAAAAGGCAGUGAAGCCGAAGAGCACGUUUCGGAGAAGGGCCGUUCAUGAUGGCAAGAUUGCCGGCAGUGAGCUCGAUAGCAAUUUCAAUCCACGUCUCACUCCGUCAAGCAUGAACAACAACAUGGACGGACAGAACGGGGGCAAGAAGAUUUGUGGCCAAGAUGCCACCAAGCAUUGGGCGAUGAUUGCUCUUGGCAGCAACAUUGGCGAUCGUGUCCAUAUGAUGGAGCAAGCAUGUGAGAAGAUGUUAGCACAGGGAAUCAUUGUCCAAAGAACAAGCCUCCUGUAUGAAACUGCGCCAAUGUAUGUGACAGAUCAAGAUACAUUCUAUAAUGCCGUGUGUGAGGUAGAAACAACCCUCAAUCCGCAUGAAUUGCUUGACGCUCUUCAGACCAUUGAGCAUGAGCUUGGCCGCAAACGUAUCAUCGCCAAAGGUCCAAGGAAUAUCGACCUGGAUAUUGUGCUAUACGACGACCAGAUCAUUGCAGACGACCGACUGAAUGUUCCCCACAAGCUGAUGCUCGAGCGGGACUUUGUCCUACGUCCCUUGGCAGGUUUGAUUCCCCAGGAACGUCUACCGCCUCCUCAUGACUCCGAGACCAUUGCUAGUCAUGCAGCAGCACUCGACAGGAAGUCCUCGGAUGGUAGACCUCUGUCUAUCACUCCGCUCGCUCCGAGUUUGGCAGCUCUCAAGCCAACCAACCCGGAACGCCGGACGUCGGUCAUGGCAAUCUUGAACAUCACACCAGAUUCCUUCUCUGAUGGGGAUGUCCACAAACUGCACGAGGAGAAUGUUCUUAAGUCAACGAUUCAGAAUUUUCUUCUAUCAGGAACAUCGAUAAUCGAUGUUGGGGGGCAAAGCACUCGACCGAAUGCGAAAAGGAUCUCUCCCAACGAAGAGCUUUCGCGUAUUCUUCCAGUUAUUAAAUUAAUCCGCGAGGCGGCAGGGGAUUCCAAGGUCGCCAUCAGUGUUGAUACGUUCUACGCCGAGGUAGCCAAGGCAGCAAUCGAGGCUGGAGCAGACAUCAUCAAUGAUGUGUCGGCUGGCACGCUUGACAACGAAAUGUUGCCUACGGCAGCGAAACUUCGCAAGACGAUCAUCAUGAUGCACAUGCGAGGCGACCCUUCGACAAUGAGCAGCUUGACCUCUUAUCCUGAAGGCGUCCUACACGGCGUUGGCCAAGAAUUGCUCGAUCGUGUAAAGGCCGCCGAGAAAGCUGGUAUAGCUCGGUGGCGUAUUAUCUUGGAUCCUGGUAUCGGAUUUGCAAAGACCCAGGCACAGAACCUGGAGCUCCUUCGAAGAUUGGGCGAAUUGCGUAACUACCCGGGGCUCCAGGGUAUCCCAUGGCUUGUGGGUGCCAGUCGCAAAGGCUUCAUCGGAAAGAUUACUGGCGUGAAAGAGCCCAGUCAGAGAAUCUGGGGAACCGCUGCGGCGGUAGCAGCCAGUAUACAAGGUGGAGCGGAUGUCGUGCGGGUACACGAUGUCGCGGAGAUGGCAUCUGUUGUUCGAAUGGCCGAUGCAAUAUACAGAGUCAAGCCAGAUGAAACUGCUGGAAUUGUACGGUUGUGA